AUGGAGCUACAUCAAUGUCUUUCACCUCCCUCCACACCAGAAGCUCCAGUGUGGACUAAUGCCUCCUCCUCCGUGAUUCCCAACCAAACCUUCCCUCCACCGUAUCUUCUUCAGACGGAGAACUUGACCGACGGCCGAACUCUGGAUUACGCGCCAGGAGUCGCCGGGAUCCUCAUCCCUCUCAUCUACAUCAUCGUGUGCAUCAUGGGUCUGAUCGGAAACACUCUGGUCAUCCACAUCGUGCUGCGAUAUUCUCAGGCGGAAUCGGUGACCAAUAUCUACAUCCUGAAUCUGGCCAUCGCAGACGAGCUCUUCAUGCUGGGACUGCCGUUCCUUGCUGUUCAGAACGGCCUGCUCUCAUGGCCCUUCGGAUCGCUGAUGUGUCGCCUGGUCAUGACCGUAGACGCCAUUAACCAGUUCACCAGCAUCUUCUGUCUGACGGUGAUGAGCAUCGACCGCUAUCUGGCCGUGGUGCAUCCGCUCCAGUCCUCUAGGUGGCGCCAGCCUCGUGUGGCCAAGAUGGUGAAUGCCACUGUAUGGGGCAUUUCUUUCGUGGUGGUUUUGCCUGUGGUUGUGUUCGCUGGAGUUCUGCAGGACGAUGGGAACUGCAGCAUCGUGUGGCCCGAGCCAGCGGAGGUUUGGAAAGCAACAUUCAUCGUAUAUACCGCGACUGUUGGGUUCUUCGGUCCUCUAGCGGUCAUCUGUCUCUGCUACCUGCUGAUCGUGGUGAAGGUGCGCAGCUCUGGACGAAGAGUCCGCGCCACAUCGAUCCGCCGCCGGAAGUCUGAGCGCAAGAUCACACGAAUGGUGGUGAUCGUCGUGGCCGUGUUCGUCUUCUGCUGGCUUCCGUUCUAUGUCUUAAACAUCGUGAAUCUGCUGGUUCUCCUGCCGGGAGAUUUCAGAGGGCUCUAUUACUUCGUCGUUGUUCUUUCUUACGCCAACAGUUGUGCAAAUCCCAUUCUGUAUGGUUUUCUCUCAGAUAACUUCAAAAGAGGUUUCAGGAAAGCCUUGUGCAGAUCUUCCAGGCGCGUGGAAAACCAGGAUCAGCAACAGAGAAUGGGAAUGGUUGUGUUACCACUAGAGGAGAUUCAAAGAGAACUGGAUCCAAAUGAACAUCUGAAGGUGACCGAAGUAGAAGAACACAUCUCCGACCAUGAGAUGAGGAAACUCCAGAAUGGAUGUCAUGAGGACAGCAGGAUAGCAGACUCGGCCGGUGGAAUGGAUGGGCGAUGUGAGCGCUCCAUCAGCCUGACCUCUGACCCCCCAGCUGUCCGUAAUGGAGAGCAGCAGACACACAAACACCUGACGGAGAAUAGUGACGACAGACGCUCUGUCCUGGAGAUCAGCUGUUUGUAA